AUGCAUGUAUUUACUUCAGAGUCGAGGAUGCCGCUGUCUUUUUCAUUCCCAGCGUUUCUGUUUUUGGCACCCUUAUUGAUAAAGGAUGUCUGUGUCAGUGGCUCUCCGGGCUGCGCGUCCUGUGGCUUGCCGGCGAUGGAGAAAGACGUGGAGCAAAGGCUGAUGAUAGAAUUUGCCAAACAGCAACUUUUGGACAAGCUGCACCUGAAAGAGAGACCAAACAUCACUCAUACGGUGCCCCGGGUGGCGCUCCUCACUGCCCUGCGCAAACUGCACUCGGGGCGCGUCAGGCAGGAUGGUACUCUUGAACUAGAAAACAAUAUACCUACCAAAGAUCAAGGCUAUGAAAUAGUCAGCUUUGCAGAUAUAAAUGAGACAGAAACUGGUGAUAAGGCCAGCCUCAGUCUUACCUUCCAGUUUAUGCAGGAACAUGGCCAAAGUAUCCAGGUCCUCCAGUCUUCCCUGUGGAUCUACGCCCGCUCCUCUGAGGAUCCUCACCGAGACUCCCGCCUCUCUGCCCGGGUUUUCCUCUCCGCAGAUGGUGGGCAGUCAGGCUCUAACCGCACCCUGGUGAUAGAAAAGAUGCUGGAGGUCCAGGAAAGUAACUGGCACACCUUCCCCAUCACCCGCACCCUGCAAGCCUUCCUGGAUGGCGGACAGCACAGACUGCGGCUGGAGGUCAGCUGUGAUGAGGAUGGGAAGAACCUUUGCUCCCUGGAUGGCUCUGCUGACACCCCCAACCAGCCCUUCAUGGUGGCCCAGGUGCGUCUCAGAGAAAACCCCUCCAAGCAUUUACUCAGGAAGCGCUCACUUCGCUGUGGUGACGAUGUUACUGUGUGCUGCAAGAGAGACUUCUACAUCAAGUUUAAGGAUAUCCAGUGGCACGACUGGAUCAUUGCACCCGAAGGUUACCAUAUGAACUACUGCAUGGGUCAGUGCCCCCAACAUCUGUCCGGCUCCCCAGGCAUAGCAUCAUCAUUCCACGCCACUGUCUUCAGCCAGCUGAAAGUCAAUGGCAUUAACACGGCUGCAUCUUCAUGUUGUGUUCCCACUGAGCGGCGGCCACUCUCCAUGGUGUACUUCAACUCUCAGCACAGCAUCGUCAAAACGGACGUCCCUGAUAUGAUAGUGGAGUCCUGUGGAUGUACAUAAUGGACUGAGUAUAAAAGACAUGGCAUAGUUAAUGUAGAUUUGUUUUUAAUGCAGGAAACUGAAAAGAAUUACGUGUGUAUUUGUUGACAGACAGAUACAAACGAGAGAAGAUGAAAAUUGAAGUUAGGGGAAUAGCAGGCACAAAAAAUAAGAGAAUAUUAUAGUAUAUGCUAUUUUCAUGGCACUCAUGGCAUAUUCUAUCAAGAAUAUAUACAAAAUUUUAUUUUCUUUUAUUUCUUUUGUUAUAUAUUAAGAAACCAUACUGUUUGUCAUUCAUUAUGAUUUUGUAAGAGUCUUAUAAGAUGCAGUAUGUAAAGAGUGCCUAGAACCAGCCGAGUCAAUCUAAAUAAGAUUAUACACUGAGUCUGAAUGAAGACAAAUUUUCUUCACCCAUAUGUCAAAGGCAUACAUUAAAGAGAGAGUAGAAACUAACCCUAAAUAUAUGGCAUACGCAACACAGAUAAGAAAGGUGUGUUAUUAAUGUCAGACAUUUAUAGUGUUGACAAGCAGAUCAGGCCGGGGCUGAUUUAUGGAGGUCACACAAAACACAGAGAGAUUAAUAUAAAGCCUUUGUUGUAGUGUAAGCUUUAAAGAAUGCAAUCUUUUUCGUCAUAUAUAGGUUAUUUAUUCAAAAUUGCUGCUGGGAUUCAGUUCAAACUAAAAUGGUAAUGUAUAUAGUCAUUUCCUUGGCUUCUGCCUUUUCUUAGCCUAAUUGAAUGCUGCCAUUUUAAAGCAAGGCUUUUAAAACAAUCAAAGAGAUCCUUGAUUUAAAGUGUGCCUUCUCCAUUAACUCGCAAUGACUAAGUGCAACAUUGACAUUGAGUAUUAAGUCAUCUUGGUCUGAAUACUAAAGUAUAUCGCUUCUAUUUUUUUAAAUUUCUUUUUACAUUACUGACCAAUGGAAUCAUUUAUGUGGACUUUUUACCCAAUUAUUUGUAUUCUGGUAUUAUGACUUUUUUUUCUUUCUGCAUCCAAAAAACAUUUUCAUUUGAUUGUGAACUUGUGGCAAGAAGCAGUGCAAGAAAACACUGAACUGAAAUGGUUACAAGCUGCCCUGAGUUCUGUCUGUACAGCCGAUGCUGCAUGCAUAUUGAAAUAUGUUUGAUCAGCAUCUCCACUGUAUUAUUUACAAAAGUCGCCUAAUCAGUUGGGUAACUAUGGCUCUGACAGUGUAUGAACCCAAGGUCAUUUCUCAGCAGCGUGAGCAAACAUUUAGUUAUUGCUUCAGUGUCAGGUAAUGUGAAGGUCUGUGAGGCAGGUGGGUCAAUGAGCAUGUACUUUUGCACGUUGGCAUUUAUAUCUCUCAGAGUCUAAAGUUUUCUUUGGGUGAUGUGAAAUUGGAAGCUUUCCAGCUCGGACAAUCUCCUAAUAAUUUUUCCUCAUAUCCCAUUCUAACUUAGUUUUGAGUAUGCACAGUACUAUGUACAUACCAUACUAAAAUAACUUGAUUUGAAGAGUGUUGGUGUUGGUGGGCAUUACUGUCCCACAAUGCAAACAGUGGUGCAACAGCUCACAAAACAAAUAAGCAUAACAAAAAAUUAUCAGAAAAAGACUUUAAGGCCACUGUAUAUGAGUUUAAAAAAAGAAAAAGAAUUUGGCAGUAGUGUUAUAAAGUCAAAGACACCUGUCAGCACAUGCCUUGUGUUAUUUAAUGUUUGGAAGAAUUAUAUAGUGCAAUUAUUUCUUGUAUACCAACUACAAAAGCAUUGCACUGCUAGUACCAAAGAUGUCCAUAGUAUGGAUUUGAGACCCAGGCCUUGUCUACUUAUCGCCUAUGUUUACACUAAGCAGUGUAAAAGUCAAAGACCGUUUCUGCUUCCUGGAUGAUGUUUCAUUCUUUUGUCCUUACUGUGUUGGUAAACUGUACUGCCAUGACACACAGGAAACUUUUCCGUCAAUAAGAUGGGGCAUUUCGCCCAAAGAUUAUAACAAGUUACAGCAGUCUAAAUAUUCCACCAACUUGUUUCACCUCUCUCUGUUGCCUCUAAAAACUGCACUUAGUAGUAUUUCUUUUAGUUUAAACCUGCGUAAAAUCAUUUUGACGCUAGCGUUUAUUGUUGAUUAUUUUAUUUUGUAUGCACCCCCUGUCCCAGGACUAAAUGUGACAUUGAGGUGCUAUCGUAACGUAACUUACUAAGCACUUUAUCACCCUACUGUAUUUUUAGAGCAAAUUUUGCUUGACUCAGGUGAGCACAACCUAGAAAAUGUAAAUAGGCCUACUGAAAGCAAAUGUCAAUCAGCUUAUUUUCUUAAGCUCUAGUUGUGUUUAAAUGCAAUCCUCUGUAUUGCAUGUGUUUGCAGAGCACACAGAUGAUGCAGGAAUUUCUGUAUACUGUAACGGGUGGUGGAAGUGGAGAUUUGAAUGUUGUGUCAAUUUAAAGUUACAAUGAUUGUCUUUAUUUUUAUAUCAUACAUUUUGUGCAUAUGAAUGAUUUGUAAUGCAAUUAAUAUAAAACAUUUGUCAUAAUGUGCUGAAAUUAUAUGAUUACAGUAUAUUUUUAAUAAAUAAAUAAAUAUUUUAAAUCAA